AGGUAGUCUCGAUUCUCCACCACAAAUAAUCACUUUGGUUGUUCACCAUCUUCAACAUUAUUUGCUUCUUCAGGACACAGUGCACUACAACAAAAUAAUGGAAUACUUCAAUGCGGGAGGAGGUGGAUCAACUGGAAACGGAUCAACUGAUCCAUAUGCUGUCAUUCCUCAACAAUUCGGAAAUGGUGGUCAACAGCCACAGCAACAAGUGUUCACCGACUACCAGCAAGAUGGUUCUGCAACCGACUACGAAACAUAUCAGCAGCAGCAACAGCAAUACAGAGCUGCUCAAGCUUCUCAGCAAUCUUCAUCAAUGUAUUAUCAAAAUCAGAUGACCGCUGCACAGGCUAAUUAUUUUCCAAUUCAUUCGGCUUCCGAACAUGACUUUCUCGGACCACAACAGCCGCCAUCAGCUACAACUUCAGUAAGCGGUGCCGCAGGUGCACCAUAUCAAAGUGCAAGUGGUGGGAACAAAGAAUUUAUGAUGCAGCAUCAGCAACGCCGUGGCAAUCAGUCUGGUCAACAGCAGCAAAAUCAGCCGUCUCAACAAAAUAAUCAGCAACAACAGAAUCAAGGCGCUCGUCAACAACAUCCACAGCAGAUGCAGCAACAGCAGCAAUCAAACCAAUCGGCCCAUUUCAUGCAUCAGCAACUACAGGCCGUUCAACAGCAACAAGCCCAACAGAUGCACCAUCGUCUUCAAGGAGCUCCGAUCAAUCCACAACAGUUCAUGGUUCCACCACCAACAAUGAUGCAGCCUCAACAGAUGCAACAAGCUCAGCAGCAACAGGCUCAGCAAAUGCAUCAAAUGCAGAUUCAUCAUCAACAACAUCCACAGAUGAUGCAGCAGCAUGCUCAGCAGGGUUAUCAUCCACAUCAGCAGAACCAACAACACCAAGCUGGUCAACAUCAACAAAGUCAUCAUCAGAGUCAAAACCAUAACCAACAUCGCAAUCACAAUCAGAGUCAUUCGGGUCCACAUCACAUUCCACAGAAUCUAAUGAUGCCUAGAUGCAUGCUAAAAGACUGGCCGAUUCGUUGUGUUGUUGAAGGAAAAUAUCAUGCGGUGAUUAUUGGACCAAAUGGAAGUACUAUCAAAGAUAUUGCUAGUUCAACUCGUUGUCGUGUAGAUUUCGUUAAUCUUUCAAAGAAGGAAAGAACCGUUUUGGGAAAUAAUGAUCGGAUAUUAACAGUUCAUGGAGUUGCUGAACAAGCUACAAAAGCAGUUGCUCGUAUUUUGGAUGUUAUUCAAAGCGAGGCUGUUAAGGAUGAUGUCAAUGUAGGCGCUGACACGGUUCUCCGUAUGAGAGCUCACAAUCAACUCUGUGGUCGUCUUAUCGGCAAAGCUGGAAGUUCAAUUAAAGAAAUUAUGCAGAAAACUGGAACAAACAUUACCGUAACCAAGUACAUUGAACCACCAGGUGGUAUUUCUGGACUCACUGCGAAUGAAUUACUUGGUCUUAUGGAACGGACGAUUAUGGUUCGUGGACCAUCGAUUGAGGCAGUUGUUCAGGCGGAAGCUCUCAUUUCUGCAAAACUGAAAAAGUGUUAUGAAUCGGAUUCGCAGCUUAGAGCACAAUCAAUGCAAUGUCCAAUGCCACCAAUGAUGAUGCCACCAAUUCUUCCACCAGGUGCUUCAUCUUCAGCAGUUUCAGCUCCACAUUUUAUUCCAACUCCAGUGGGUGUAAUGCAGGUGCAGCACUUUGCCAGCUCACAGCAUCUUGUUCAUCAAAAUGCCAACAACAGUUUCCUACAGCCUGGAGUUCUUCAAAUUCAACCUGGAACCACUAAUCUCCGUCAAGUUCGCAUGUGGGUUCCUGAUAGUAUGAUUGGAGCACUCAUCGGCGCAAAGGGAAAGAAUAUCAAGAUGAUAAUUCGUGAUACUGGUGCAUCCGUUAAAAUUGAGGCUCCAGAAGAGAAGACUCAGAGAGAAGCUGAAGAAGCUGAGAAAAAACGAAAAUUGGAUGAGACGGAUAGUGGAUGUGAAGGUGUUGCUUCUGGAGAUCAUCCACAAGAGUUUCUGGAGGAUAAUGCAACAAUCAACUCAUCUGAUGCUAUUGAGGAGAAGCCAAAACCAGUUUCGGAGCGAAUGGUGACUAUCAACGGAGAUGAUCUUCAACUUCUCAAGGCUCAAUCGUAUGUGUUUUCGAAAAUAGCAGAGACAAGCUCAUCGUUGCCCUCAUCGGGUAUGGAUGGCGAUAGAUCUCACAUGUUGAGAAUCCGUACUGAAGUGUCCGUUCCAACUAGAAUCAUUGGUAGAAUAAUUGGAAAAGGUGGACAGAAUGUUCGUGAGCUACAGAGAAUUACGGGUGCUGUGGUCAAGAUUCCAGAAGAAGAGCGAAAUGGAGGAGAGGUUUAUAGACACGAUGAUGGUCUCGAAGAAGACAUGACUAUGAUAAGAACUAUUGGAAAUAUGUACUCAACUCAUAAUGUGCAAUUCCGACUUGCUCAUCUUGUAAAUGAGUAUUAUCGUUCCGGAGAUCAUCGCAAUAAGUCAUCUGAUUAUAAAGGAGGUCGACCACAUUCAGCCCCAUCAUCAGGUCAAGAAAAAGAUGGUUCCGCACUCGAAAAAAUGGACCAGCUGGGCACAAUUGCACCAAUUAGCAAUUCGAAUCGGGCUUCUCCAAAAUCUGUUUCUCCUCCUAAAUCCAAAUCGCCAUAGAAUAUAGUUCUACGGUUUCCAGUUUUUUGUUGAAAUUUUCCAUAUUAUUCUUUUGUUUUUUUUUUCUUUUUCAAUUUCUUCCCUUUGGUUUUAUGUCCCGCACCAUCAAAACAAGCAUUUUCCCGUUGUCUUUUCCCCGUCCCGCGUUGAGCAAUUUUUUGAGAAUUUAAGUUUAGCACAUAUUUCGCAACAAAUUUACAUUCAUUUCUUUACGAGCAUAUCCCGAACCAAUACAUUUUCUGAAGAAUACCCCCCUCCAUCCCCAAUGUUAUUCCAAUUGUUUUUUAGGAAUAUUUUCCCAUUUCCCCCCUGACGGGUGCGUACUGUAUUCUCGGUCUCUUCGACGGGACGUUGCCCCCAACCAGAAUUUGAGAACAUUUUGCAAAAAUAAUAAUAACUUUAAUUUCUAGACGUAGGCUAGACUACACAGCGGGUCUCUACAUGACCUUAAUAGGUCUAGUUAACUAUUGCUUUUCCCUAGAAUCGUAAAUGCUCUCACAAUUUCUUCAACGCUCCCCGGCGACGCCACCAAAAGCCCACCACCAUCACAACAGUUUCGUUCUGAUAUUUCAGAUGUAACUCCCAACUGUUCACUCUGAAAAUUUUGGAAAUCUGUUCCUUCUCUUCCCCCUUUGAAAUGUUUCUGGUAAUAAUGAUAACUUUUUGCGAAUGAAUGUGUCCUAAAAAGU